AUGAGGCUGUUCUUGUUGAUUCUACAGUUUGGAUUUGCCACAAGUGCUUUGAUUAAUCAAAAUAGAUCCAAUGGGCCGGUGAUGAUUGAAGAAGACUACAUAAAUUGGGUGAAACAAACUGGUUUUUUCAAGCAUUCAUUUUACCAGAAAGCAAGGAACAAAUUCAAGCCUUGCUUAACCUUAAAGGUUAACAAAAACCAUGCAUUAGGCGAUUUUACCACAGUGAAAAAGGCUAUCAAUUCAGUUCCAGUUGUUAAUCUCUGUCGGGUGGUUAUCUCCAUUGGCCCAGGGAUUUACAGGGAGAAGGUUGAGAUUCCGGCAACAAUGGCCUACGUGAGCCUGGAAGGUGCUGGUGCAGACAAGACUAUUAUAGAGUGGAAUGACACAGCAGACAGAAUUGGUAAGAAUGGACUACCACUGGGUACCUAUGCUUCUGCAACGUUUGCCGUUAAUUCUCCCUACUUCAUUGGAAAGAAUAUCACUUUCAAGAAUAAUGCACCGCCACCACCGUCGGGAGCACAAGGGAAGCAGGCAGUGGCGCUGCGAAUCUCGGCAGACGCAGCAGCACUUAUAGGUUGCAAGUUCAUCGGAGCACAGGAUACGCUUUAUGAUCAUUUAGGGAGGCACUACUUCAACGACUGCUACAUUCAGGGUUCGGUGGACUUCAUAUUUGGGAAUGGUCUGUCACUGUACAAGGGCUGCCAUUUACAUGCCAUCACCAACAGCUAUGGAGCCUUAACCGCCCAGAAGAGGGACAGCUUGCUUCAGAAAACGGGGUUCUCCUUUGUCAGCUGCAGGAUCACUGGGUCAGGUGCCCUUUACCUUGGGAGGGCGUGGGGCACUUUCUCUAGGGUGGUCUUUGCUUACACUUACAUGGACAAGAUCAUCGCCCCUAGAGGCUGGUCUGAUUGGGGAGACGAGCACAGGCACACGACAGUAUUCUAUGGGCAAUACAAGUGCUGGGGGCCGGGGGCUGAUUUUGGAGGGAGGGUGUCAUGGUCCAGGGAACUCACUCAGCAAGAGGCCCGACCAUUCAUUUCGCUUGCCUUCAUCGAUGGCUACCAGUGGCUCACAAACUCGUGA